GCCCUAAUUCACAAAUUCCCCCAAUCAUACGCACUCUCCUCUCUCUCUCUCUCUCUCUCUCUCUCUCUUAUGGGCUCUACACGACACAUAAAUUAAUACAGAUAGACACACACACUGCCAUUAAUUUCUCCGUCUGUGUCUCGAGAUGCAUGUCUGUUUGGGUUUGGGCGGCUUCGUGUAGUCCGCUUGGGUUGGAUGCUCUCUUCUGCUGCUCCUGCUCCUGCUGUUGCUGCGUCUUCUUCUUCUUCUUGGGAAUUGGGAAUUCCAGCAGCGGCUGGCCAUGGCGGCGAAGAAGCUCUACGAGUCGUUCUCGAAAAGCCUGAUCGACGAGGUGCAGCGAUGGGGGGCCAUGAAGCAGACCGGCGUCAGCCUCCGUUACAUGAUGAAGUUCGGCUCCAGACCCACCCCCCGCAAUUUGUUGAUUUCCGCCCAAUUUCUUCACAAAGAGCUCCCAAUUCGGAUUGCUCGCCGAGCCAUUGAGCUCGAGUCUCUCCCUUACGGCUUAUCCCUUAAGCCCGCUGUUUUGCUGGUGCGAGAUUGGUAUCUCGAUUCUUUCCGUGAUCUUAGAUCCUUCCCCGAGAUUAAGGACGCAAAUGACGAGUUGGAGUUCACCAAAAUGAUUAAGAUGAUUAAAGUGAGGCAUAACAAUGUUGUUCCCACAAUGGCCUUGGGAGUUCAACAGUUGAAGAAAGGCCUGGAUCCGAAGAUUGACUAUGAAGAUCUGGAUGAGAUUCAUCAGUUCCUGGAUCGAUUCUACAUGUCAAGAAUUGGGAUUCGCAUGCUUAUUGGGCAGCAUGUGGCAUUGCAUGAUCCCAAUCCUCCCCCUAAUUGUGUGGGCUAUAUACAUACGAAAAUGUCCCCUUUAGAAGUGGCACAAACCGCCUGUGAGGAUGCUCGUGCCAUUUGUUUGCGUGAAUAUGGCAGUGCACCUGAUGUUAAUUUCUAUCGGGAUCCAAAUUUUACGUUCCCGUAUGUUCCAAAUCAUUUACACCUGAUGGUUUUUGAGUUGGUUAAGAACUCCUUACGAGCUGUCCAGGAGCGACAUAUGGACUCGUACAAAGUUGCUCCUCCUGUUCGUAUAGUUGUAGCUGAUGGAAUAGAGGAUGUUACCAUUAAGGUCUCAGAUGAAGGAGGGGGAAUACCAAGAAGUGGUCUUCCAAAAAUUUUUACCUACCUUUACAGUACUGCCAAAAAUCCCCUGGAUGAGCACUCUGAUCUUGGAACAGCUAAUGUCGCAACAAUGGCUGGUUAUGGGUAUGGGCUUCCAAUAAGCCGGUUAUAUGCCAGAUACUUUGGAGGAGAUCUGCAAAUCAUCUCAAUGGAAGGAUACGACGCGUAUCUUCAUCUAUCCCGCUUGGGAGAUUCGCAAGAACCGUUGCCUUGAAUUGAGCAAAGGCUGAGACGUCUAUGAAGUGGAACAUGAAUUGAAGUAUGUUACAUAAUCAACCUAUAAAUAUGGUUACUUGAAACAUAAUUUGGGUCGAUUUCAUCCAUUGUUAUGUUAAUGGAACAACUCGUCUUUGGCUUCACAAAUUGUAUCAAGUUAGCUGUUUUCUUUUCUUCUUCAGCUCCUCUAAAAUUUCUUCUUUCA